CUACUUUUUAAAUCCAUAAUUUUUUUAGUAUUACUUUUUUUGUGUUAAGUUAAUAAGGCUACAUUUAUCAGCCGGUAACCGCGUUUGUUGCCACUUUUGUCUGGCUUUUCGCUUCAUCUUUUUUAAAUCCAAAAUUCCAAUUCGAUAUUUCCUAUAUAUCACUCCCUUGCCAAAAUUGGGAGUGUUGCGCGAUGCAGCAUGUUGCAAUUACUUGGUAAACUUUAAUAUUUCUUUAGUUAUUUUGCUACAGCUCCCAAUAUUUUCAGCAGUUAUUUUCUUGAAUAAUUCGAAUCUAUAAAAUUGGUGACAGACUUUAUAUAUGGUAUAUGUUCAUAAAAUGUCAAAAACAUGGGAAUAAUCUGAGCUGAGAUCAAAGCUGUUCUCUAUUUCAAUAUUUUGUAAUGAAAUUUAUCUUGUAACACAGACGUCGGGAAUUUUUGCUUGAUCAGAAGGUGAGUAGUUUGCUUCGCCAGAGUUUUCUAAGUUCGAGUUUAUUGAAUUUUAAGAAUGAUUGAGCUCUGAGGUGUGUUUCAGGCAUUAGGCAUUCAUCAAUACUUUUAAGAUGAAGCCGUAGAAAAUACGCCUUAAAUUUUACAGAAACCAUGUAACGAUGCCACAGCUUUCAUAUUCGCCAGACAUUAGCACCGUGUGACCUUGUGACGAAAUUUCCUGUUAUUUUUUGAACACACCUCGUUUGUACAGACAUAUGUAUGCUAUAACUAUCAAAACUUAUCCCGCGGAUUGUAUAAAAUACUGUGUAUUAAUUGUAUUAAUCCAGCAUAACUUGAAUAUAAUGUAACUUAAUAUACUUGUUUGAAUACACUGAACGACAUUUCAUCUAAAAAUUAAAAUAUAUAACCAUUUUGACUAAGGAAAAGACUAGAAGUGUUGAAUGCUUAGCAAGGUCGAUGAUUUUUGCAUAAGAAUCUUGUCGGAUCAGGUUAACUACUGAAAUAAAGAGGAACAAUUAAAUUAGAAAAAAUCAAAUUUUAGUUCCAUGCAUCUUAAUUAAAAGUUUUUCCAGUGUACGAAAGUUGAAUUUUCAAAAAUUCUAUAAUAAUUUGGUAUAAAUACGGGAGCGAAUUAAAUGGAUCAGCAAUAUAACUAACAAUAUGAAGACCCAAGUAUUCCUAGCCAUUGUACUGGCUAUAUUAACGUUAGUUAUUGCUCAACCAAAUCCGGAAGCUUACAGAGGUGAUUGCUGUGGUCCUUGGGUUGGAGGAGGCGGUGGCGGAGGUGGAGGUUGGCAAGGCGGUGGUGGAGGAGGAGGGGCUGGAAAAUAGAUUUACACAGCCUAUGACAUCGUUUUCAGAGCAAAUAAAUUAGUAAAAAUCAUUACUUAUUCAAAUAAAUGAAUUAUGUAGUUGAAAGUUGAUUAAAAGUUAUUUUCCAGUUCUUUUUACAACAUAAACAUAAUAACCUAGGUAUUGAAAACAUUAUAUCAAAAUUCACCCAUUGAUUCCAAAAAUUAUACUAUUUUCAAUAAAAUUAAGUUAAAAUAAGGGUUUAUUCAUAAUUUUGAUUACCAAAGUCCUGUAAUAAAUUAACCCUUGAUCCUAGUAAAGUUAUUUCCAUGCACAUCAACGAUUCUCGAAUUUCGUCUUUUGAUGACAAUAUUGUAAUAUUGUAUUUCUUUUAUGAAUUUGUUUGAAUUAAAAUUUUAAAACUAGA